AUGUUUUUCCUUUCCAACUUUUGUCUCGGCCUGUGGAGGCAGUCGAUUGUGAGGUGCGCAGACAACACCGGCGUGAUAAAAGCGUGCAUCAUCGGCAUCCGGAAUAAGUACGGGACUGGGAAAAUCGGCGCGCGCAUUCGCGUGUCAGUUCGAGACAAAACGCCGGAAUGCACUGCCCCGAAGUUGCCGAAAGGCAUCAUCGUCAGACGAAGGAAGGAAUCCGCUCGGAAAGACGGCAGCUACAUAAAGUUCGAUGAAAAUGCUUUCGUCAUCAUCCAAAAGAACAAGGCCCGAGGCACCAAGAUCAAAGGGCCGGUCCCCAUGGAGAUUCGCCACAACUGCAAGUCUCUCGCCCGAUGGAUCUUCUGA